UGAAAGGGCCCCGUCAGUCGCGCUUGAGGUGCGGGAGCGAGAGCAAUCGAGUGGCUCUGUUUUUUUCCCCCCCUUUCCCUGUCAUCUCGAGGGACCCGCCCGCCCGGAGAAGGAUCCGAUCCGAGCCUGGUGAGAGGCGAGUUCCUGUGCGGGUGGAUCGGCAUGGCGCUCUCGGUGCCGGUCAACGGCAUGAAGGAGGCGGGCGGCGACGGCAAGGAGCCCCUCAUCGAACUCUUCGUCAAGGCUGGCAGUGAUGGCGAAAGCAUAGGCAACUGCCCCUUCUCUCAGAGGCUCUUCAUGAUACUAUGGCUCAAAGGAGUGGUAUUUAGUGUCACAACAGUUGACUUGAAAAGGAAGCCUACAGACCUUCAGAACUUGGCUCCGGGGACACACCCGCCUUUCAUCACCUUUAAUAACGAAGUGAAAACUGAUGUGAACAAGAUUGAAGAGUUCCUCGAAGAAGUCCUCUGCCCACCCAAAUAUCUAAAGCUUUCAGCAAAACACCCAGAAUCAAAUACUGCUGGAAUGGACAUCUUUGCUAAAUUUUCAGCUUUUAUCAAGAAUUCCAGACCUGAAGCCAAUGAAGCCUUAGAGAGGGGUCUUUUGAAAACUCUACAGAAGCUGGAUGAGUACUUAAUCAGUCCCCUCCCUGAUGAGAUUGACGAGAACAGCAUGGAAGACAUCCUUGCCUCUACGCGCAAAUUUCUGGAUGGGAAUGAGAUGACACUAGCAGACUGCAACUUGUUACCCAAGCUGCACAUCGUCAAAAUUGUGGCCAAAAAGUAUCGCAACUUUGAUAUUCCCAAGUCCCUGACGGGUGUCUGGAGAUACCUGAAGAACGCCUACAGCCGUGAUGAAUUCACCAACACUUGUCCUGGAGAGAAAGAGAUUGAAAUCGCCUACAGCGACGUAGCUAAAAGACUCGCUUGAAAAAAAAAAAAACUGGCGUUGCACAU